AUGACUGGGCUUUCUCUAUACAGUGCAGGAUGGUGCAUUCGCUUACUUCAGCUGCCACUGUAUCGUCUAAUCUCAGUAUCAACAGGGAAUCCAAGCAGCUUGUUUGAGAAAACCGUUAGCCUCAUCCACAGCAACUAUCAAAAUGUCAACUUCAACACCAACACCCGCGUGGCUCCUCGUGCUACCAGCUUAGGGCCUUCUCGUAUCCACUGUCACGAGCGCCGGAAGGCUCUUCUCAACCUUCCCCGUGACCGCCACAUUACAGAUUACUGCGGUCUCGCCUAUAUGCGGCUGAGCUGUGCACAAGGCUGCAUCACUGCAUGGCAUGUUGGGUUUCAAUUCCUUGCUGGUCCCAGUGCAGAUUGCCACGCACCCACGGUUGACUGUACCCAAAUACUCGGUUAG